UCGCAGCACUGAUCACAUAUCACGAUGUUGAGGACGCUAGGGAGCAACGACGAUGAAACUUCGUCCACGCGUCAGAUGCGUUCGUCGGAGGAGUCCGACGAUCUUGACUGCGAAAGCNCGAUGUUGAGGACGCUAGGGAGCAACGACGAUGAAACUUCGUCCACGCGUCAGAUGCGUUCGUCGGAGGAGUCCGACGAUCUUGACUGCGAAAGCCGCAAGCCAUUUCGAAUUCCAGACGUCAUGCGCAAGAUGGUGACGUCAGCGUGUGUCAGUGGAAGAAAACUUUCGUGGUUGGUGAGCCAGGACGGCUCCGACCCGUUGCAACCACCGUGCGGUCCGCUCUUGUUCGUCGCAGUUCGCGCCGACAGAACGCGUCUCGCAGGGUCCAUCGUCCAGUGGGUCGACGUUGGCGAAUACAAUUUCAAGUUUACGUUGAAGAAGCAUUACAAAAGUGAUGGUUCCGUCGAUGACAUCACAAAAGGAUGCAUAGUUGCCAGGAGGAUGUUCGGCGGGUACGGCCGGCGUGCGAUGUCUUUGUCGUACUUUGUCCCGCUAGCGCUGGGGCACGACGAGGCCGUUCACGUGACAGACUUCCUCGAGGUUUGGGCGAGAUUUGGUACCUCUGUCAGUGCCGUGGACGUCAGACCUGGGACAUCGAUCAGUGGUCCUGUUGGGUUCGCGGGAGGAGAGUGCUCUGAAAGGGGGAUGGGAGGUCAUGAUGGCCUGCCAGCUACGCCUCCUGAUCAAGAGGUGGGCAUGUCAGACGACUUGGAGGACGACCAUCCGCGUGCUCCUUCGAAACCGGGCUUGCAUGGAUCUCGCCACCAAGGUUUGCUUGGGGAGUCGCCGCCACGUGGAGGCGGCGAUGGCGAACGGUUGCGACAGGGCUCAGAAUCGAUGACUCCUCGUGGUCUGGUCGAAAGGAUUGGUUUGUUCGUUCGUGGCAUGCAGGUGGUCGGGGUUUCGCCUGGAGAUCGCGCGGGUGGUCCGCAGGUUCGAGAGGUGCGUGGGUCAGAUGAGACGACUUGUCGGGCCCGACCUGCGCCUACGCAACUGCAGACGGAGUUGAGCCUGGAACGAGAAGCAAGUGGGAACGUCGCCGGUGAAGAGGAGGUGUCCGAGUAGGGGCUGUUCCGUGAGAGAUCGGCUAAAAAGACUCAGUCGGGAGGAAAGCGCAACUUGCCAGAUGAGGAAGAGUGAGAGGGAGUAGGUGCUCUGAAAAGGCAGAGAAAGGUAGGAGGGAGUGCUCGGACGCCAACAUCACGAAAGGGCGGUUCCGUUGAGAAGAGGAAAAGGGUUGGAGGUGGGGAUGAAACGUCAGAAGACUGUCGACACAACGAAGAACCGGUGAGUCUUCUGGAAAACGGUCGAAAUCAUCGAGGGGGAAGAAAGCAGAUGAGGGCGACAGCAGGGAGGGAGAUGACGACGUGGACAUUAACCUCAACGCCUUCAACCUCGACAAUGCGUUCUUCCUCGAGAUGCAGACAGGGGUGCAGAAGGAUGUCGUGUUGCACAUCCAUCCCGAAAGAAUAUUAGCUUUUCCAGACUGGGAAGACGCGUACAACCACCGACCCUUGGACGAGUUCCUUAUUGAUACCAUCGCGUCGGCUAUGAUCGACUGCUACGAACGUAAAGACAUGAGAUACACGAAGCCCAUUUUCAUUCUCGCUCUGAUCUUCGUGCCUCCAGAGAACAGCGAGCCUGCUGUGCGCGUGCUGCCUGCUGACUUCGACAGCUCACUGCCGGAGAAAUACUGGUAUUAUCCUGUGUGUGGACAGCAUAACGCGAGGGCGGCAAUGAAGGUGAAAGACCAUC